UUUGAAAUAGGCUUUGACGUCAAAAUAUAGAUUCUUUUUCUUGAAUCCUCCGGUUCAAUGUGAGUUGGAAUUGUUUACCAUUAAAUUAAAUCCGUCUUAAUACUUUUGAAAUAGAACUUUUUAUGAAAACGAAUAUCAUAAAUGGCUCCACCACAGCCUAAAGCGGCGGCUAAGGCUCCCGCAGCCGCCGAGGGAGGUGUCAAGAAGCGAAAGGUUGGCACACCAAGGAACUAUGAUUUGGGUAAUGGUAUUGUCCGUUUCUCCAAGACUAGGAUGUUCCAUAGAACUGCAAAAUACAAGUUUGUUGGCAAGAAGAAUCCAAAAGCAGUCAAGCCAAAAAAACCUACAGUUGUAGUAAAGUCCAUUGGUGGUGAGAAGAAUGGUGGAACUCGUAAUGUACUUCUCCGUCGCAGAAGAUCCUUCUACCCCACCCAGGAUAAAAUCAAGAAGCAUCACCAUCACAAAACCUUCAGCAAGCACGUUAGAAGGACAAGGCCAAGUCUAACAGUGGGUACCGUCUGCAUUCUGCUAGCUGGACGUCAUUCGGGCAAGCGUGUAGUGCUUGUUGGUAUACUACCAAGUGGACUUCUGCUUGUCACGGGACCUUUUGCAUUCAACUCAUGCCCACUCCGCCGCAUUCCUCAACGGUAUGUGAUUGCAACAAGCACAAGAAUUGACCUUGGUGACUUCAAACUGCCAGCAAAUCUUGAUGAUGCCUACUUUAAGAAGAACAAGAAGAGUGUUAAGAGAACCGUUAAGAGGAAAGAGGGAGACGAUAUCUUUGCUAGCAAAAAAGAGAAAUAUGUACCAUCUGAGCAACGCAAAACUGACCAGAAGUUAGUUGAUGAUGAGGUGAUCAAAGCUAUUGGUAAACGGGAGGAUAAGAAGGUCCUGAGAGGUUACCUCAAGGCUGCCUUUGGUCUCCGUUCCAGCCAAUUCCCGCAUAGGAUGCAGUUCUAAUUAUUAGGAUUAAUAAAUAUCUAUUCCUAA